GCUUGCUUGGACAGCACUUUUUGUAUGAGGACACUAGACCGCACAUGCGUACACACACAUACACAUACAUUUAUACACAGAUGUAGCUUGAGACAAGCGAUGGCUUCGCCCUCUUCAGAAGACAUGGAAGUCGAGGAUAUAUCCAGUGGAACAACCGUGUGCUGUGUGAUCCUGGGUCUGUCCUUCUUGGUCGGGGCCCCGGGGAACCUCCUGGUCAUCUGGACCAUCCUGAGGCACGUCAAGAAGCGCUCGCACACCGUCAUCCUCAUUCUCAACCUGGCUGUGGCGGACCUGCUCAUCCUCAUCACCCUCCCAUUGUGGAUCUACAGCCUGGCCUUCUCCUGGGUGUUCGGCAAGGCUUCCUGCAAGGCCAUGGUCUUUGUCAUCAACGCCUGCAUGUUCAGCAGCGUCUUCCUCAUCACCACCAUGAGCGUGGAGCGUUUCCUGGCCGUGCGCCACCCCUUCGCCUCGGCCGACUGGAAGAGGAAAAAAGCCCUGAGCAAAGUGCUGCUGGUGCUUUGGACCGCUGCCUUCCUGCUGAGCUUGCCCGUCCUCCCCACCCAGGUCUUGGACGGGGAACCAGGCGAGAUGCAGUGUUUGUACCGGGAGUACGCCUCUGAUGGCCAGCAGGUUCUUUUCCUGCUGCUUGAGACGCUGUUGGGAUUCGUGGUGCCCCUCGCUGUAUUGGUGGUCUGCUACAGCUGCCUCUGCAGCCGCAUUGCUCAGAUGACCCUGAAGUCCAAACGCAAGUCCACCUUGCUGAUCUGCAGCGUGGUGGUGGUGUUCACCGUGUGCUGGACGCCGCAUCACGUGGGGAACAUCCUGACACUGGUGCAGCUCGCCAUCAAGGGGUCCCACCCGGCCGCGUCCCAGCGCCUAGAGAGCGCAGGGAACACCAUGACCUUCGUGGCCGGAGCCUUGGUCUUCAUCAGCAGCACGGUUAACCCCAUGCUGUACAUGUUUGCAGCGCGAUCCUUCAGGAGCUCUCUGAGGGAGACGGGCAUCCAGAAGCUGUUCCACCACAUCUCCAGCACGUCCCCAGGGGAGAACAACCGAGAGAUGUCCUUUGUGUCCAAGAGCAAGAGCAACCAGACCAGCAGCUCUCAGUGUUCUCUGGAGCGACAGAUAGACGUACGUACGCAUGUAAAUGUGUGAAAAUGUCUGGUUCAAAAGUGGUGAGUUUGUGACAAUGUGUGUAUUAUUUGGGGUAUUGCUAUUUGGAUUCCUUUUUGGUAAUUGUCGACAAAAAGUUUACAAGAAUUGUGAAUGAAUGAAAUCCUUUGUUUUUGUAAAUAGCCUUGAUGAAAAUGAAGUUGUUUUGUGAAUGGAUAUUAUAUUUAUAUGCUUACUCUUGUUUUUAUUUUGCAUUCAUGAAAAAUAAGUAUGUAUGUAUACACUGAUUACAUUUUUUAAUUGAAUUUAAGUUUAUAAUUUAAAAUAAUACAUAUUGCAAAGAGUUGGUUCAUUGUGUCAUUUAAGGCUAUAUUUGUACCAUCCUUUUGCUGUCAUCACCCAACAAUUUGCAAGGCUCUUGUUUUGAGGAACCAUAACCUUCAAUGUGAUGCUAUAGCAGCCAUAUUGUUGAUUAUAAUGUUUUUUUUUACAGUUUUAUCAUUACUUUAUAUGAAUUCAGACAUUUGAUAUUCUGUAUAUGCAAAAGGACUGUGUCUUCAAUUGUAUAGUAAUAAUAAUAAUAUGCUGCUGUUAAGUUGAAGUUAAUUUAAGUUGAAACGUGAUUGCAUUACUGUGACAGGCACAGCAACAGUCAUGUUUUCUACUUCCUUUCAUGCUGAAAUUGCCCAAUGAAAGACUGGUUGUCCUUCCUUUGGAGAGCAGUAAAAAGCGGAAUUAUGCAUUUCUCUUGGCCAAAGUCAUGUGAGCAAAAAAUGUAACGUUAAAAAAUAAAGAGAUAGUAAUAAUACUUAGUAAAAAAUACACCAAAUAAUUGGGUGUUUUAAAGAACUGUAAAUUCUUUAUAUUUUUAAUGAUAACACAAAAUAUAACUUCUUUAAGAACAGCUCACUUCACUUUAUCACCUUAAGGGAAGUGUCUAGUAGGAAAACAGUUACAUGUGUAUGUUUAUGUCUAAUCUCCAACAUCGGUGGAAGCGUUUCUGACCUCCAUGUUUGUUCCCAUACCAUUCUACUAUUAGGACAUCCUAAACUUCUGCUAUCCACCACUGGGUGAUUACACAUUGUUCAAAGCUGUAAUGGUCUGCAUAAACCAAGCAAUGAGCCAGCCAGGUUCAUUGGAGCAAUGUGGCAACGAUGCUUGUAAAGUUCCUGUGGCGGGAAUGACAGGAAAGCUAUUCAACGACUAAAAUCCAUCUAUGCAUGGCCAAUGGAAUCGUUUUCAUCUGUUAUUUCCUAAUGUAUAGAAUUAUUUGCCCACCACGGAGCCACCCUUAGCAUGGGAAAAAACGACUUGCAGGACAAAGAAAGUGAUCGCCUAAAUGUGCGAGAUAAAAAAAGAAGCAAGGGCAAAGAAACUACAGGUAGAAGCACUUCACUGGAAGACAAGGAGAUCAGUCAUGAUCGCAUAUAACUGUGUGUUAUGUCUACAUAUAUAUUAUAUACCAUAUAUUAAGCAUACUAAAUAUAUUAAAGAUUUCUCAAACUAA